ACACCACCUUGGAAGGCUGAGAACUUGAGUCAUGAUUGGCUAAGGGGCGUGUCCCGAGCCUGAUGCACUUGUGCUGUGAAUAGCGGCUUCUCUAUGUCCCGACAGCAAUGGACGCACCAGUAUCAUUAUCCAAAUGACAGACCCGGUACCCGGCCUGGAGAACCGAGCUUCGGCGCCGGCGCCGUCUCCGGCCCUAGCUCCGGUGCGAACAAUCAUCGGUUCAACGCUAGCUCGCUCCCCGACGAUGGGUCUAGGCCGGGAGGGGCGGCCUGUCACACCAUCCUACCGUCUACAGAACUCUGUACUGUUUUCGGCGUCUGCAUCCUCAUCAAGGGCUGCGUCGCCCCCGGUUGGGGGUUCACCAGUUACCAUGGCACUGCGUAACGACCUGGGCUCGGACAUUCAUCUUCUCAAGACCCUGAACGUUCGCUUCCGCUGUUUCCUAGCCCGGGUGCACGAGCUUGAACGGCGCAACAAGAUUCUGGAGAAACAGCUGCAUUAUGCUGUGCUGCAGCGCCAGGAGGAGACUGUGCGGGGCUUCCACCAGCGGCUCUAUCUGCGGGAGCAGGGCGUACAGACUGACCCAACUGACCUCACCAACUGCACGACUGGCUCUACUUACCUGCAGCAUUACUCCCGCUUACCGGGAACGAUAUGGAGCUACACCCAUGUCAGACGGAACACCACUGGUACUGUGGAAACGGUGCAGAGCCCCGGCGUGUCUUGGGUACAUCCUGACGGUGUGGGGGUGCAGAUCGACACCAUCACCCCAGAACUCAGAGCUUUGUACAACGUACUGGCUAAAGUGAAGAGGGAAAGGGACGAAUAUCGGAAAAAAUGGGAAGAGGAGUUAACCAAACGAGAAAGGCUGGAGUCCACAAUGGAAACCAUGCAAGAGGAAGCCCAGGUGGCUAACUCUGUCAGGCAGGAGCUGGACGAAAAGAUUGAGCGCCUUAAAACUGAACUAAUAUUGUAUAAGGGCCUCUUGAGUGAUCAGGAAAUGACUGACCUGGACUCAAAAAUCCAGGAGAAGGCAAGAAAAGUGGAUAUGGAUAUCUGUCGUCGAAUUGACAUCACAGCGAAACUUUGCGAUGUGGCACAGCAGCGGAACUCUGAGGAUGUAUCCAAAAUGUUUCAGUUAUUGCAAUUCUCUCCAAUUAAGGUGGGGACAGCCAAUAAGAAAAAGGACCGGAAGCUGACCUCAGAUGAUGAUAACUCACAGCAAGAAGGUGAUGGUUUACAGCUGUCUGAUGAGGAGGUCAGUACCUCCCUAAACUUUACGGACGAGAUGAAACGGGUUUAUAAUCAGUGGAGAGAGACGUUCGAUGUCGAUGAUGACUGUGAUAGUCUGACCUGGGAAGAGAAUGAUGAGACACUGUUACUGUGGGAGGAUUUCACAAACUGCAAUCCAUCAGUUGAAAUACAGGGAGAGGAUGAGAGCCUCGGCAACCUGAUCCAUCAGACAGAAUCCUUCUUCCGAACUCGGGACAAAGAAUACCAAGAAACAAUAGGCCAGAUUGAGCUGGAGUUAGCAAAUGCUAAGAGUGACAUGUCCCGUCAUCUUCAUGAGUAUAUGGAGAUGUGUAGCAUGAAAAGGGGUCUGGAUGUUCAGAUGGAAACCUGUCGACGACUCAUUAAAGGAUCCGCUGGCAGGGAAUCGCCAUCCGCCAGUUCAGUAGCCAGCAGUGACUCAGGGAACACAGAUGAGAUCCAGGAUGAGUUUGACAACAAUGGCGAGAUGGAAGCAGAAACCUCAGUCAGCUGAUGAUAAAAAUGGACAUGGGGGAAGUGAUAUUAACAUAUGAGAACUUUGAUGCCUUCAGUGUACCUGUGGGACCUACCUUUUGUUCAGGUCCCUGAGAUUUUAUUUGAAAUCUCACCCACUGUGGACUGGUGCUUUGGUUCUAUACUCGUAUACAGAAAUGACUGCUUUGCAGACAUCUGCAGGAAAUGUCUAUAUGUUAUUGGCUUUUGGUGUCAGCUACCUGGAGCUUUAAUUUUUUUUUCAAGGUUUACAGGUAACAGUAAUGCAUGGUACUGGUUCUGGACCUGUACCAACAACAAUGGAGCUGGUCUCUUGGGCCUUUUGUCCUAUGUUUUGUGAAUAAUUAUGUUUUGUGACAUAGGGCACAAGUGGUACUUUGAGAGGAUCUGGACUCAUUCUUUCUGGUAGCUGAGUAGAGAACACCUGUAGGCACCCGUAUUAAUGUGGACAACAUCAGAAUUGGAUCAAUCUCUUUAGACUCCUGGCAUCACUUUUACUGCACAAUGCAGAAAGUUAAAAAGUUCUCAGUGUUGGCGGUAUGUAACACAGACAGCACAGUUUGGUGGAGAAAUGUUAGCAGGCCUGCGCUUUGCAGUGACUGGCCAGCGGACAAUAGAUUGUCAGUAAUGGUUAAAGGUGUACUUGGUGGUGGUUACCAGAAUCAUGAACUAGAAUCCUGGCGCUUUUUACCAACUGAAAUAUUUUGCUCUGGUUGAUGGUAUGGGUUGCUAGUUAGCUCACUAAGCAGGUAACCCAGUUUUCAUUUGGAUGCUCGGCUGAUGUACCUUUUUUUUCUAACUUUGAAGAACAUUUGCUGUAGCUGAGCUGUAAGUGGACUUCUCUCUGUUUUUGUUUUCAUAUUCAAUACUUAAGAGAAAUCAUUGAGGGAAGAUAGAGAUGUAGUGCUGCAAGCCAAAAGGGGGAUUAAAUGCAUAGGGUACAGGCAGAAUACUGUAAUAUCACUGUGCUAUAAACUGCUAUGCAAAACUGCUCACCCUUCUGUAUGGUGUGAGUAAUUCAUUAACCAUUGCGUGGAAGGAAUGGUUAAUGGAUUGGAUUAACUGCAAAAUAUGUGGAGAAAUUGUACUCUUUAAACUGAAAUUUUCUUAGGUGGAGUGGGCUUCCAUUUGUUCUUAAGGGGUAUAGGAAGGCGGUUGUGGUUCUUUAAAAAAUAUAUCAUUGUACUGUACCCAUAUGAAUGAACAGUCUGUUUUCAAAGGCUGGGAAAGAGGAAACUAUUGGGAAGCAGUCAUAUGAUUAUGUAAGUACUUAAAAAAAUUCAGGUGGUGGAACAAGUUAAACACUCUGUUGUUUCCUAAAAGUCUCUGCUUUAUUGUUUUCAUACUUCUGUUUUUUAAAGGUACAUUUUGAGCAUUUUUAAAAUAAUGAGUAAACACAAAAUUAAAAUACAGAAUUCCAGUUAAUGUGCACACUGCAAUAUAUAGUGGCAACCUUUGUGUUUAUUUGUUAUUUAAAUAAUGAUGUAGUCAGUAACCCUAUAGGUAGGUGUUACGCUUUUUGCAUUUGUAUCACUUGAACUUCUGACUUCAGGCAACUUACUGGUUUGUCUUCCAAGACCCAGAAGAUUUGAAUUAGUGCUAGUCAGAGUGAUUACAGCAGUUUAGAGGUUUACUUCUACUGCAUUCCUUUGUAAAUUUGUUCUUUACAAGCCAUUUUUUGUAUAUAAAAUUUUAGUAGCACAUUUAAUUUUAAUUUAUCAUACCUUUGUGGCCUUUUUUAAGCUGUUAAUGUUGGCAUGUUUCUUCUGUCAAGUUACAGGGCACAUGUAUUUGUUGCAUUUUUCCAUACCAUUUUGGCUACAAACAUAAUUCCUGAUAACGUAGGCCUCCUAAGGAGUUCUCUAAAGUUAAGCAUUUUCAUAAAUACAUCAAUAGUUAACGAUCCUAAUUGGAAAUGUAUCACUUCCAGUGCCUCUGUCAAGCCACGGUGACAUCUGCAUUUGCCGUACUUGGCCUACAUCAGUCCUACAGAGGUCUUACAAUAAUUUCAUCCCUUGUGGUUCAUCCAUUGAUGUUGAGCUGAUGGGAAGAUACGUUCAGAAGUUUUAAAAGCACCGCUUAUUCCCUUUAAUUGUUUAGCUCAAGUCCAUGGUAAGAAAUUAAAUUUAUGACAUGGUGAUUCAUGUAUCUCCCAGGCUUCACAAGGCUCUUCAAAUGCUGGUGCAAACCCAGUUAUGAUAAAGGUGUGUUGUAGCACCAAAACCACUUGACUUAAGUCUUCCAUUGCUGCUCAAUAAAGUGUAGUCAACUUAUUUUGACUAGUUGGCUAUUUUUUCACUAUGGGUAUUGUGCCUGUGUCUGGUGUACAGAGCUUUUGAAUGAAUUGUUUCUUGAAGAGCUGUACCCCCUGUGGAGCUGUGUACCAUUCCCUAGUGCCAGUCGACUUCAUUUCAGGUAGACAAAAGGAGAAAGUACACCGCAAAAGUACAAGAUGCAGCCUGUCAGAGUUUUGUCAUGUAUGAAGAUAGAGGUUAGCAGUUUUGGUUAAAGUGAAGAUGGAGUGUUAUGAGUCAUUAUCAUUCUUUAACCUCGUGCAGACUGCAGCCAGCUAAUUUAACUGUUUAAUCUUUUAAUGACUUGUUAAAAAAGCAACAACACUUCUUUCAUAGAUUCUUGAAAUCCCUGUUAAGUUGAAAGAGAAGGGGGAGAUACUCAACUAGCUAUACUUCUAAAAGCAGUAUUUUUUUUAAAUAGUUGGGCACUCUCGAAUUGCAGGGCUUUCCAACAGCUUAGUAGCAGAGGAGUAAGCCUGGCAUUCUUAGCUCACACUAAUGUAAUGGUGUGAUUGUAGAACUGUGAACUCGUGCUGCAUCUUGGUGUAUGAGCAGCCAAGCCAUUUCCCCACUGAAGGCGUGACUUGAGGGUUAAAUGCUCACCCUUCUUUUUUCACAUUGGGUGAGCACCUUAAUAAGAAAUUAGGCCUCGGAUUUCUUGCCCUUGUAAAAUUGUGUAUACCUCAUUUCAUUUGCUUGCUCUGACUUGUCAUAGUGACAUGGCUUAUCUGUGAAUAGUUAGAAAGUGUUCAGAAAUAGAAUUGUGUUACUAAUCUGAAAGAAAGCUGUUGCAACCAGUGUAACUGCCUCAAUACGUAGGUUGCUAGGCUGCGUGGCUUGAAUGCAAUUCAUAAUACCAAUAAUGAUUCUUACCAGAAAAGCACAUUUGCCAGGCAUUCCUGUUAGUACUGUAGUAUGAAUUCCUGUACUGUACUUCACUCCCGCAAAGAACAUCAUACUUUGUAAAUUCAUAAAAAUCACUGAGACAGACCUCCACCAGCAUCAUUCAGUACCUGGUAUGCUUUUUCCUAUAGCUGCCAGAUUCAUUGCAUGAAGUGUUAAAUGUGGUUCCCUCCCAAAUAUUGUUUUGCACUACAAUCUGUGUUCUCUUCCUUUUUAUUGUAGGCUAGGAGUCUGCAUUGUAUAACCCCCAUCUAAAUCAUGCUGUUUCAUAUGCAGUUAGUUGUCUCUGUUCACUGCAGAAUUUACUCUUCAUUAGAGUUACAGCAGCUGCCUGGUGUCCUUUUUUGUUCCAUAUUCCAUCAAGAACUACCUGUGGCAAGAUUUUUGCAGAAACAAUUUGCUCUCUACUGUCAUAAUUAUUGAUGGAAUAGCUAUUGUCUGUAAUUUUGCAUUCAAGGAGACUCUGUAUGCUUGCUGGCCAUCUCCAUGCAAAGCCUUGGUGUAUCUUUGACUGUUUCUGCAUACCCCUCACUCCUGUUAUCUGCAGUAAUAUCCUAAGUCAGUACCGCAGCAAAAACAUAGAUCCCUUUCAUUGAUGAGACCAUCUUGCUGCACCCCACUGUAUAGCAAGAAUGCAUAGUGUAUUGUACUCCCUACAUGGUCCUGUGUGCUGUGCCCUGGGAAGAGCUUGAGCAGGUAUUAAAACAGUGCAGCCCAAUUGCCAAGUUUUUAGUUACAUCUGUGGUAUAGUCACUCCAGCAAGUUAGCCCCUUCCAGUACACCUUGAUCAGCUAAUUUAAGCUUUACCUGUGCAUUAACCUCUUCUGGCUAUAUUAGGCAUUGUAUAUUUCCUGGUGAGACCCUGUAAUUUGCUGUUGUGCAUUUCAGCUCUGUACUGUCCCAGUGUAAAUGAGUUGGUUAUUGUACAGUAGUAAACCACCGAAAGAUUAAUACCAGCAAUUUUUAAUGUAAGCACAACCUAUUCUUUUAUAGGUUUGUGCUGGAGACAAUAACCUGUUAUUGGUCCCAAAACUUGGGAGGGAGGAGACCCCAUAAAUCCAUCAUUCAAAAAAUGUCAGCAGAAGCUGUAUAUUCAUCGCUAAACUGAUUGCGGUGGUUGCUGUGUUUUUAACAGUGUCUGUAUAGCCAUCAUCUGUUGUCUUGCUGCUUGUCAGUAGAACUUCUGCAGUCCCCAGUGUUACAAUGGGCCCAUUCACACUAUGUUUCUGGUAUGGUCGUACAAUUCCAUGUACAGUAUGCCAUGUAGAGGAUGUAUGUACAGUGGUGGUAUAAAUAUGGUAGGUCACAUGCAGUCAGUCAGUGAUGCAAUCACGGAGUUUCUGCUAUUUUUGUGGUACCAUAGUUACAAGUCAGGUUGUAAUUCAUGAUUAAAAGCACAUCGGUUCCAUUUUCCAGCAUUGAAAAGGGUUCACUAUUUACCCUUUGCAUCCCUUAGUAACUAGUCUUCAAGCUGGACACUGCUUUCUAGCAGAGACUUUGACUUAGCAUGCAUACUGAUGAUGUAGCACUUUUCUGCUGGGAGUUGGAACUUGGAAUAUAGCUGGCUGACUUGCCAUUGGCCAGAAUAAUGGUAUUUUUAUCCUGUACAGAACCUACCUGUAGCAUUGGACGUACUGUGUGUGUUGAAACCAUCGGUAAAACCUGGAAGAUAUGGGUAAUUUGACUGACAUUGCAAUUCUUCUCCCAAGAUAAAUUGCUUCAAGUACAAAAACUGGUUCUAAUAUGCACUAAUGGUCUUUUUGAUGCAUUUAUCUAUGUGCAAACACCUUCCCUGCCUUUACUUAUAAAACAGUUUGCAGCGAUACUAAACCAUACGUUGCAUUUCUAGUACCUUGAAUUCAGACUUGGCCUAUUAUCUUGGUAAAGGGGCACCUUAUUUUAUGUAACCAAACCAUGCGUUGCAUUUCUAGUACCCUGAAUUCAGACUUGGCCUAUUAUCUUGGUAAAGGGGCACCUUAUUUUAUGUAAUUUAAAUUCCAUUGUAUUUUAUGUGCUGUCUUUCAUAGUGUGUCUCUAUGUGUCAAGACUGCUCAAUGAAGAACAAAAAAAAGCUAAUAUGAAAGAGCGAAUCUAUGGACAUGAAAUACCAAGCCAGUGCAUGGUUUCUUGGUAAUCAAGAAAUUGUGCCUCUUUGGAGUUUUCAUUAUUAUGUAUCAUUUGUCUUGUUUAAUCUAUUCAUUAAUCCGUUGUCUCUUAAUGUAUAUUUUAUGAUCAUUGUCACUUCUGUUAGAAAAACUGUAAAUUUACUGCACUGUUGUAAAUAUAAUGCUGUUUAUACCCUGUAUAUGAACUUUGUUUAAAAUAAAUAAAUUUAAUUUGCAGCAGCUGUUCAUUUGUGCAACAGUCAGAGCUGCUAAACCAGUGGGUAGACCAAUACUGCACCAAAAACUUGCCAAACAGAAACUACACUGAUGCCAAUUUUGUCACCGGUUUUACCAAAGGUUCUUCCCUACAUCUUUUCUGGAGUGCCGCAUGUCCUACUAUGAGCUUACAUGCAACAUAUUUAGCCUUAUUUUAUUUUUUUUUUUUGAGAUAUGUGUCGUCAGUGCCUCUGUUGUGAGAUUCUUGUGUACCAGCCACUGAAUAUGUGUUCAUAAAUGUCAGAGGAGCACUCUCUCAAGAACUUGCUGGACUCUUUCCUGGACUGUGGUUCUCCAAAGAUCAGUGAAUGCAUUCUCUGCUGACCAGAAACCGACAUUAAAUUGAUGGAAUUAUUUCUGUGAAUUCCUUGUUACAGAGCUGCAACAAGAGGUACCACCUCUGGGCCUCCUGGUUGCAAUGCUAUUGUAGCCUUUAAAGAGGCUAGAAAGUUUGUCCCAUAAUCCUUCUGACUUGACUGAGCCCCCAUGAGGUCCACCAUUUUAUAUCACGUGUCAAACCUUACUUCCUCUAUGAGGUUGCUGGUCUUUGAAAUCUCUGUCUUCUUUUAAAACCAGCAGGACACUUUCCAGCCUCUUUUGUUAACCAAGGUUUUUUCCUUUUGUGCAACAAGCUUACGAUUCCAGUGCUGUCCAGAGUUGUGCAAUACCAUGGCAUCUACUGCUGCUGCCCAGUGUCACACUGGUGUUGGUCUUCCCCAUGGCUGUUAUUUAUAAAUGCUGAAUGUGAAGAAUUGUGUGCUGUAAAUGGGACUCCUCUGUGAGAUGGUCAUGUAUGAUGCUUGCUAAUCUGUGAAAUAGGUUAUGGGUACCUUCUGGUUGUGAAAUGGGGGGAAAAUUACUACAAUAAAUGCCAAACUUCUGGUUA